AUGGAAGUGCAAAAUAUUAUUAGUGAAAAACAAAAACAUUUGAAAAUAAUUGACAAAUAUAAGUUCUGUUUUCAUAAAUGUUUGGCUAAUAAUAUUCAACGUUGGAAAUGUACCGUUAAAACGUGUACAGCAUAUUUAAAAAUUAACGAAAAUGAUGAUAUUUUACUUAACGUGAGUGAUACUGACCACAGCCACGAUGCACUAUCUGAAGCAGUUAUAAAUCGACAAAUUGUAAGUAAUUCUCUUAAGCGAAAAGGUACACAAGAGUUAUAUGAAAGACCAGCUAAACUAAUGCACCGACAUUUAAAAGAAAGUAUUGAUUUCAGUGUUAAAAGUACAUUAACAAUUACAGAUAUUCGCUAUAUAAAAAAUAAUUUAUAUCGAGCUCGAAGUGAACAACUACCAAAAUUGCCAACAAAUAUUUUAACUGUCCAUUCAGCAUUAAAUGCUAUCGACUGUAUUACAAACGAAAAUGAACCUUUUUUGUUUUUAAACGAUUCUAUUAAUGGUAUAGUAAUGUUUACAUGUAAAUCAAAUUUAGAAUUUUUAAGUAAAAUUAAAACAGUGUAUGUUGAUGGCACUUUUGAAUAUUGUACAAAAUUUUUUUGCCAAUUAUUUACAGUUCAUGGCCUUUUUAACAAUUAUUACGUGCCAUUAGUAUAUUUUUUGUUAAAAGAUAAGCAAACUAUUUCUUACUCCAAAGCAUUUAAAGCUAUUGACUUAGAAUGUUCAAAAUUGUGCCAAGAUUUUAAGAUUGAUGUAAUUUAUGUUGACUUUGAAGUUUCUAUUCACAAGGCAAUUCAGAAAAUUUGGCCAGAAACAUUGAUAAAAGGAUGCCGAUUUCACCUAGGACAAUCAUGGUGGCGAAAGAUGCAAGAAACAACGCCGAAACAACAUUUUAUUUGUUGA